CAGAUAAUACAAAAGAAAAACAAAAACCAGUCAAGGAAAACAAUCGUCGCGCUGAAAAACAUGCAUUCCAAAUCAUAUCUUCAUUUCACCAUUUUUUUGGGGCUUCUGAGCAUUUCAGUUGAUGGAUUCCAUGUGAAUAAUUCUGACACGCAUUCCAUAAGUGAAUCAAUUCGUUUUACUGAUCUUCCUGAAAACACAUCUGAUUCACUAUCAGAAUCUUUCAUCGAGCUGAUUAAACAGUUAACAGGUAUACAAGUUUAUUUGGAAACCAAGACGAGAGAUAUGGAAAAACGAGACAUUGAAUUGAGUUGGAAAGAAAAAGAGGCUGAAAAACGAGAGGAUGGAAUAAAAAGCGUAGAGCAGUUGCUCAAGCAAAAAGAAGAAUACAUCAAUAAAACAGGAGGGGAACUAAGAAAUAAAGAAGAACACAUUGCAUCGAGAGAAACUCAGGUUCGGACAAAAGAACAAAGCGUUGAUCAGGCAGAAAAAGAAAUUAUAAACAAGUUGAAAUUCAUCAAAGAACAAGAAGAACAAGUCAAACAGAAGGAAGAAAACGUGAAUAAAGAGUCAGAAGUGAUCAAGCAACGAGCUGAAACUCUCAAUAAAACUGACUUCCAAGUAAAACUUAGAGAGGCAGAGGUAAAACAAAAGGAAGACAUAAUCAACAAAAAAGAAACUGAAGUCAAAAACCAUGAAGAAUUAUUAAAAACACGAGAAAAACAGUUGAAUGAAAAAGAAAACGAUUUGGAAAAAUCGAAUACAGACUUAAGGAAACAGAUUGAUGAAGUGAAACAGAAGGAAGUAAAUAUUGAAAAAUCUGAAGCUGAAAUCAAAAAAAGAGAAGAAAUUUUGCAAAAACGAGAAGAAAAGUUGAAGCAAAAAGAAAAAAGUAUCUGCUCAAUCUCUUGGGUUCCUGCAUCUAAUGGUGAUGUACCUGCCAAUGCACUUGUAGGAGGACAUGACUAUUCAAAUACAAUCUAUGUUGGGCGAGCAAACCAUAAUGGUGCCCUGAUUCCUGGAAAAAUACAUCCUAGACUACAUUGUUCAUACAUUUCAAAUAAUGGCUUGGAAUAUUUGUACAAAGAAUACGAAGUUGCUGUAUUAGAUAACCAAAAUGUCUGUUCAAUUUCUUGGGUUCCUGCUACAAAUGGUAGGUUUCCUAAGAAUGCAAUUCUAGGAGGUUAUAACGAUAAAGGAGAAAAUUUGUACGUUGGACGAGUAGGCCUAAUGCAUAACAAAUUUGUGUUGAUUCCUGGAAAACUGCUUCCCGAGAAUAAAUCACUGUGUGUUCCAUAUGACAGCCACGAAUACUGCUACACUGAGUACCAAGUUGCAGUAAGUGUAUUGCUGGAAUGAUUGCUGAGUCACAUUCGACAGUUUUCAUGCACGCUGCAGAUGCGACAAUUUCCCAUAAAAAAAAUAUUUGCUACACAGUAUAAUUCGCAGUUUCUUCAUAUCAUGUUGUUUUAAUAUUAUUCUAUUGUUUGUAUGAGUGUGCAUUACGUUUAUCCAGUUUGCAUUUAAAAUAGGUACC